GCGCGCGGAGGGCGCAGGCGCGGAGCGGGGCCGGUGCCGCACUGAGGGAGCGUCUCCCGGUGGAUUGGAGAGCAUUUCCCUGGGAGAGGAGGCCGGGAUGAACGAGGACAUCCGGAUCCAUUCCUGGCCUUGCUCCUACUACCUGGACAGCAGCAAGCAAUGGAUCCCCGGGAAGCUCUCCCUGACUCCCGUCUCCAUCAAAUUCACGGCCGACAAAACCUCGGAGCUCCUGGUGGAUUUCCGGCUGGCUGGGAUCAGCGAGAUCAAGAAGGAAUCUUCCCAUUUGAUCUUCAGCUCCCUCACUGUCCUGGAGAAGGGCACCAAGCACUGGUUCAGCUCCCUGCAUCCCAACAGGAAUGUGGUCUUCAACAUCCUGGAGCACUUCUGGCGGGAGCAGCUCCUCUCCAGCCAGGAGGGCGGAGCGGGAGCGGCUUUGGAAUCCAGCAAGGGCAAGGAAUUGACGGGAAUGUUGGAGGGAUCCCAGAAACGCCUGGAGGACACGGCCAAGAUGCUGCAUUCCCAAGGGGAGCAGUUUGACAACAUCAUGAGGGGGCUCCACAAGAUUGAGGGGGACAUGGAUGUGGCGGACAGGCUGUUGACCGAGCUGGAAUCUCCUUCCUGGUGGCCCUUCAGCACCAAGCUCUGGAAAGCCCCUGUGGAGCCGAAGCCCAAGGAGAGCCCCGGCGCUCCCGAUCCCGAUCCCCGCUCGGAGGAGCAGGCCCUGCUGCGGAUCCCGGUGCUGAUCGCGCAGGGCGCGGACGCCAGGCCGGGCUCGCUGGCGCUGCUGCCGUCGGCGCUGGAGAUCCGCGACGGCGCGGCGCGGCUGCUGCGGCGCUUCGAGCGGCGCCACGUGGACGAGGUGCGGGUGCACGGCCCCUACGAGGUCAGCGUGCGGCAGCGCUUCAUCGGCCGGCCCGACUGCGCCUUCCGCCUGCUGGCCGCCCGCAUGCCCGACGCCAUCCCGCUGCUCCAGGCGCACUACGGCAGGAGGGUGCAGAUCCUGGAGGACGCGCUCGGCUUCGCCGCCGCGCCCAGGUCCCCCGCGGCGGAUCUGGGGACGUCCGUGUGGCAGGCAGCCACAGGAUUCCUGGGAGCGGCGGCGACUCCCGGAUCUCCGGCGGGAAGCGCGGACAAGGAGCAGGUGCAGCUGCAGAAAAUCUCCCAGGAAGAAGCCAACGAGCUCAGACAGAUCCUGAAGAAGCUCAAGGGCCUGGCCCUGGAGACGGAAGCGGAGCUGGAGAGGCAGGACGAGGCCCUGGAUUCCAUCGGCAGCUCCGUGGACCGCGCCACGCUCAACAUCGACCGGCAGAACCGCAGGAUGAGGAAGCUGACGUAACUUCCUGGCGGGAACGGGAACGCCGGGGAGAGCAGGAGGAUGGGGGAGCCGGGAGUUUCAGGACUGGUUUUUCCAGAGACACUUCGGGAGGGGUUUGGGAUGAGGUUUGGAAAACGGCGCUGCUGAGGGUGAGUUCCUGAGAGGAUUGAAGGUUCCUGGACUUCGAUCGUGGCUGGAUCUUCGAUCCUGGGUGGAUUUUGGAUGGUUGGAGUUUGGGUGAUGGUUGCGUCUUGGAUGAGGUUUGGAUCUUGGAUCAUGGUUGAAUCUUGGAUGAGGUUUGGAUCUUGGAUGAUGGUUGGAUCUUGGAUCACAUUUGGAUCUUGGAUGAUGGUUGAGUCUUGGAUGAGGUUUGGAUCUUGGAUAGUUGGAUUUUGGGUGGUGGUUGGAUCUUGGAGGGUUGGAUUUUGGGUGGUGGUUGGAUUUUUCGUGGAGAUUGAGUCUUGGAUGAGAUUUGGAUCUUGGAUCAUGGUUGGAUCUUGGAUCACAUGUGGAUCUUGGAUGAUGUUUGGACCUUGGGUAAUGUUUGGAUCUUGGAUCUUGGAUGGGAUUUGGGUCAUGGAUAAUUGGAUUUUGGGUGGUGGUUGGAUCUUGAAUGGUUGGAUCUUGGAUGAGGUUUGGACCUUGGAUGAGUUUUGGACCUUGGAUGAGGUUUGGACCUUGGAUGGUUGGAUCUUGGAUCACAGUUGGAUCUUAAAUAACGAUUGGAUGUUGGAUGAGUUUUGAAUCUUGGAUCAUGGUUGGAUUUUGGAUCAUGGUUGGAUCUUGGAUCAUGGUUGGAUGUUGGAUGAUGAUUGGAUCUUGGAUGAGGUUUGGAUCUUGGAUGAGGUUUGGAUCUUGGAUGAGGUUUGGAUCUUGGAUGAUGCUUGGAUCUUGGAUGAUGAUUGGUCCUUGGAUAAUAUUUAGAAGCCUUUUUUGGAUGGAAGGAUCCAAAUUUCCAAUCGGGAUGAAACAAAACUCGUGGAUUCUCCACUACAGAACCCUGUAAAUAGGAAGGGAUGUGACAAAACCGGACUUAAUUUUAAUUCAUUAAUUCAUCAAUUAAUGUGCUUUUUCACUUUGCUGCUUUCCAACCCAUCAAUUCCCUCUCCAGAACUUUCCGUAAAAUCCUUAGGAUCCAAUCCUGUUUUUUUUAAUUUAUUUGCACUGAGUGGUGAUGAAACAUUUCAAGGCUUUUCCAGAAUUCCUAAAAAAAGGGAAUAUUUUCAAUUGAAGUCUGAAGUUUACACUUGGCUCUGUUGAGAGCUGAGAUUCCCCCUCCUAAAUUAUUGAUAUUCCGUAGGAAAAAUUCCCAUUUCCAGCUGUUCUACCUCCAAGGAGCUCUUGUAAAAUAUUUUUUUUUAAUUUUUUUUUUUUUACAUUUAAUUUAAAUUUUUUUUUGGUGUUGCUUGCUAAUCCAACACUUCCAGUGCAAUAUUUUGAAACAGUGAAGCUUCAAAUCCUUGGAUUCAGUGGGAAUUUUUCCCAAUUUUUUUUGGAAUCCAGCCUAAAUUUGGGAGAAGACCCCGAACCAUGUCGAGGGUGUUGUUUGCAAAGUUUGUAUUCCUUUGUCUGAGUUAAGACUGGAGUAAAAUUUAUUCCAAGUUUUUCCUGGCAUGCACUUUAUUGGAUAAUCCGGUGAUAAUUCCCUCUCCAUCAAUUAUUUCCUGGGAAUAAAAUCCUCUUGGAGCUUCUCCUGACGUUUCCCACCCCAAAAUCGCUGCUGGUUUACCGGGAGAGGAAAAAAAACUUCCCACACCUCAUUUUUCCAUGGAUUUCCAUGUGGAUUUCACACCAAAUCUGUGCUUGUUGAGGCUGGGAUGGGGUCUGGGAAUGUUCCAGAAUUCCCAAAAGGAAAUCUUUUGGAUUUGAGCGUUUUUGGGGUGUUCUUUGUGCCAUAUUUUUUAUUGUUGUGAGGUUUUAGCACCGACUCCGUAUUUUGUGGGUUGUGUUGAGUCCAACAUAUCCCAAAAAAACUUUGGAAUAUUCCUUGGAAAGCCCAUCCUGGAGCUGUACAUUGGCUGAAUUCCAUGUGCCAGAAGGAUUUUCCACCUGUAAUUCCUUCUUAUUAAAUCUCUUGGAAUUGUGAA